AUGGUAUAUGUUCUAAGAUCCAGGCUAUUUUACGUGGCCUCCAAAAGUGCCUCCAACAAGUUAUCUUUGCUUCAUUUGAGCCAACGAUCUGUUCGUACAUUAACUACAACAGCUAAUAAAAGUAGAGAUAGUUUGAAAUCUGGAGGAAGACUUCUAAGAAAGCGGAAUGUUGCUCUUGUGUCUGGUGUUAUUAUAGUUGGAUCCUACAUUUCGUUUAAUCAAUCAAGCUACUAUAAUUUGGAUACUUUGCCAUCCAAAGCUGAUGCAAGUGGAAUUGCGGGGAGCCAGAGAUCGCUUAGUACUAGCUCAAUGAUUGGUGAUGAUAAGAGGUAUUUUUCCACUUCAACCUCAUCGAUGUUCCAACAGAAUAGUAUAAGUCAUCAACAACAUAAGGAAGGAGUCUUUUUGUUGAAUGAUGAACAAGUCAGUCGUAAAUUGAGAGAAUUCGAAGAGAGUUUUUUCGUUAAUCGAGGAAGAGGAGUUACUAGAUAUGAUAUUUGUCAAUUAGCUUCGAAUUCGCCAAUAGAAGAUGAUAGAGCAGAAGAAAUUGUUCAAGUGCCUUUAUUACAGGAUAAUAAUAUUAAAACCAACACAGAUUGGAUGUUUUUUGGAAUCUUUGAUGGUCAUGGAGGUUGGACAACUAGUGGUAAGUUAAGAGAUCAAUUAAUCAGUUAUGUUAUUCAUGAACUUGGAAGCGUGUUUAAGCCUGCUGGAGAAGAAAACUUUAGAUAUAUUCCAACUAGUGCAACCAUUGACCAAGCUAUAAAGAACGGAUUUUUGAAAUUAGAUCAUGAGAUUGUUAACAAAAACAUUGAAAAGUUAUUAACGAACAACAACAAAGCUAAAGCAGCAGAGCUUUUAAUGCCCGCAUUAUCAGGCUCUUGUGCAUUGCUUUCAUUUUAUGACACCAACUCCAAACUCCUUAAGGUUGCUGUUACUGGUGACUCUCGGGCCAUUUUGGGAUCUUUCAAAGACAAUAAAUGGACAGUUAGACAAUUGAGUAUUGACCAAACUGCAGCCAAUCCCACAGAAGUGGCAAAAAUUAUUAGUGAACACCCUGAUGAACCAAAUGUAAUAAAAAAUGGCAGAGUUUUGGGAACUUUGGAGCCUAGUAGAGCAUUUGGUGAUUGUCGGUAUAAACUUCCUGCCUCAAUUCAAGAUAGAAUCUAUAAGCAAUUCUUUGGAAGAAAGCUUCCAAACAAUUUGAAAUCGCCACCAUAUGUCACAGCCGAGCCAGUUAUUACUACAACAAAGAUAGAUCCUGAAAAUAAUGAAUUCUUAGUUAUGGCAUCUGAUGGAUUAUAUGAAAUGUUAUCCAAUGAAGAAAUUGUUGGGCUUGUUGUUAAAUGGAUGGAGAAGGAAAAAAUGUUGAAACCCCAGACAUCAUUUUGGAAUUUUGGCUUCACUCAAGCAGAUAACAAAUUGCCUGAUGUUGCAGAUGUAACUGCAGAUAAAGCAUCUAAAAAACCUAUCCGGAAGCAGAAGCAAACAGGAACAAAUUUAGGAUAUUUAUUGGAAGAUAAGAAUGUGGCUACUCAUUUAAUUAGAAAUGCCAUUUCUAAUGGAGGGUCUAAAGAGCAGACCUCUAUGCUAAUAUCAAUUCCAAGUCCUACAUCUAGAAGGUAUAGAGAUGAUUUGACAGUUACAGUUGUAUUUUUCGGUUCAGAUCAUAAAGUUGAGCAUAAAACAGGAAAGUUGGAAAUUAAUGGCGAUGCUACAACUGGGGGGAUCGAGGGUUCUAAACCAAAAUUAUAA